UAGAAUUUUUUCGAAUAUAACAUUGCCAAUAAGGGCUGACUUAUUCGUUAAAAGACACGUAGACUACAUCAACGGUCGACUCAAAAUAAUAGAUGCGAAAGAAACACAUACUCAACCCACUGUAGAAUGUACCAAAGUAAUUGAAAGCGAAGAAAAUCUUUCGGAUCAUCAAGAACACCCAAUGGAGAUAGAUACCGGUAGCGGAGAAACGAAUAAUUGUCCGGCAUGCGCAAACGGUGAUUUGCCAAGUGGAGCCCAUACCUGUGCGCUUUGCGGAAAAGCCGUUCACGUUUUAGAAAUGUGUUCUGGAACAAUAGGGAACGAUGAAGGUUAUGGGGAAAAAAGAAUUUGUAAGGACUGCCAAAAAUUACCACGAAAUACUGUAGAAACUGUAGUAGACAGCGGGUUUAAAGAAAACUGGCGCGGAUUGUCUACGACGGUGCAAAAAAGGGGUGCGCGGUAUCUCCAACGUGAUUAUACUGCCAACGAAUUUAUCGUCAACUCCAAAAUCACGAAGGUGCCUGUAUUAAAGGGCGGAAGUUUUUGCGAACUCAAGUCCGUCAAUGUAGGAGGUAGGAAGCUGAGUUUGAUCAGGACCUGCGCAUUUGACAGCAUAUUCCAGAUAUUUUUAGCCGCUGUCUUAGACAGCGAUGCAUUUAAAGAAAAAGCGUCGGAUCUUGCAACAAGACAUCUAUUUUUCAAGAUGAUUUUGGAUACGUCGGAUGCUGGAAUCAACAAGAACACUUAUUACCUUCGCGCGAAAAUCUUGAGUGAAGUUUUUACACAGCAAAACAGUCCGAACAACUGUUAUCUAAUAAAUUGCGAAACAACGUCGGGCCCGUUGUGCUUAAAACUGUUCAAGAGUAUUGUGGGAAUCCAAGAAAUCUCAACAUGCGUUAAUGGCUGCCUACCACGAGUCAAUGAUUUGAUUCAAGUCAACCGGAAAGACCUUUUACGAUCAGAUUACCGAAUUCGCGUCGAAGAAGGAUUCGUUAUAUCGGAUCCGAAGCAAUGUCCUGGCAAAGACUGUGACGGAGAGGAAAUGACUACGCUAUCGGUGAAAGGUGGCGUUGUGAUAUUCGAAACCUAUGACCUAAAUCUCUUGGACGAAACCUCAGAUGAAACCUUCAAUCCAACUUCGGAUGAAACUCGUACUUACUUGCGUCAGAUUCCGAAAAGCAUCCGAUUAUCGUUUAUGGAAUCGGAAUUUGACUUGCGAGGAAUUGUUCAUUUUACACCACCAAAAGGUGCUGUUAUGACCCGCUCUCCCCAAUCGACCGCUAUAGGUCAUUACACCGCAUUCUGCCGCAGACGAGAUGGGUCAUGGUGGGAAUACGACGAUUGUAAAAAGGCCGGGCAAAAAGUAUCCGAGGAAACAAUUGUCAACCUACAAUUAGUUAUUUUCACUUGCUGACCAUG